AGACAGAGAACAACAUUACAAAAAGAGCAAAAAGUCGAAUUUUCAGAUAGCUCUUCGUCACAUCCUCUCUCUCUCACUCUCUCUCACCUAGGUCACUGAUUACUCUCUCUAUUUCACAUUUUACUCGCAAUCCACAAAAUCUGGAAGUUUUUUCUUCUAAUGCCCUCGCUUUGGAGAGGCAAUGGCUGUCAAGAGGGGAUUGUCGGGUACAGGCAACAGAAGCGGCAGUGGAUCUCUGUCAUGGAUGGUGAUUCUUGUCUCCUUUUCACUGCUUGCACCGUUGAUUUUCUUUGUCGGACGAGGAGGACUCUAUACUUCAACAUUGAUUGGUCAAAAUGAUACUUUAACUGGUCCUCAUAAAGAGAACAUAGAGUGGAGAGAAAGGCUUGCAUUGCAAGAUGUUAAAUCUCUCUUCUCAAAAGAGGUGAUUGAAGUCAUCACAGCCAACACAGAUGAUUUGGUACCUCUGAGUCUUGAUUUUUUGAGAAAAAACAAUUUGUCUUCCUCUUGGAAAAUUGUUGGGGUGGAAACUGUAGUUGAUAAUAAUGCCACUUUUGUUGAGCAAAACCAAAUAGUUCCAAACAUCAAACAAGCAACCCCUAGAGGCAAACAGGAUGAUUCUACAGAUGAUCGUUCUCAAUUUGUUGAUACACCUGCAAAAUUACCAAGAAGGUUUUUUCUGCAGCAAUUGAGAGAGAAUAUACGUGAAAGCCGUGCAGCUGACUUACUAAAGCAAGACGAUGAAGUAAAUGUAAAGCUUGAAAAUGCAGCCAUUGAACGUUCCAAAUCAGUUGACUCUGCAGUUCUGGGAAAGUAUAAUUUGUGGAGGAAAGAAAAUGAGAACGAGAACUCUGAUUCAACUGUACGCUUGAUGCGAGAUCAAAUCAUUAUGGCAAGGGUAUACAUAAGCAUUGCAAAUAUGAAAAAUAAGUAUGACUUGGCCCAAGAACUACAGAAUCGGCUCAAAGAAAGUCAGCGUGCCUUAGGGGAGGUAACUACAGAUGCUGAUCUACCUCGCAGUGCACGCGAGAAAAUCAAAACUAUGGGUCAACUGCUCUCAAAAAUUAGAGGGCAACUGUUUGAUUGCAAAGUAGUCACUGGAAAGCUGAGAGCAAUGCUUCAGUCAGCAGAUGAACAAGUUAGGAGCUCAAAGAAGCAGAGCACAUUCCUGAGCCAGUUAGCGGCCAAGACUAUUCCAAAUGGAGUGCACUGCUUAUCCAUGCGCUUAACCAUUGAUUACUAUCUCCUCCCACCAGAUAAAAGAAAGUUCCCCAAGAGUGAGAAUCUGGAAAAUCCAAAGCUAUACCAUUAUGCACUUUUCUCUGACAAUGUCUUGGCUGCAUCAGUUGUUGUCAAUUCAACCAUUACGAAUGCGAAGGAGCCAGAGAAACAUGUGUUUCAUCUUGUUACUGAUAAACUGAACUUUGGAGCUAUGAACAUGUGGUUUCUGUUGAACCCGCCUGGAAAAGCUACCAUCCAUGUUGAAAAUGUUGAUGAAUUUAAGUGGCUCAACUCCUCGUACUGCCCAGUUCUGAGGCAGCUAGAGUCUUCUGCCAUGAAGGAGUACUAUUUCAAGGCAGAUCAUUCCACUGCUGGCUCUUCUAAUCUGAAGUACAGGAACCCAAAAUAUCUUUCAAUGCUCAACCACCUCAGGUUUUAUCUCCCACAGGUUUAUCCCAAGUUGGAUAAAAUCCUGUUUCUUGAUGAUGAUAUCGUUGUCCAGAAGGACUUGACAGGAUUGUGGUCGGUGGAUCUCCGUGGAAAAGUGAACGGUGCAGUGGAAACCUGUGGUGAGAGCUUUCACCGUUUCGACAAGUAUCUUAACUUUUCAAACCCACAUAUUGCAAGAAACUUUGAUCCAAACGCUUGUGGGUGGGCAUAUGGGAUGAACUUUUUUGAUCUCGAGGAGUGGAAAAAGAAAGAUAUUACGGGCAUAUAUCACAAGUGGCAGAAUAUGAAUGAAGAGAGGGUACUAUGGAAGCUUGGAACUUUGCCUCCGGGACUGAUAACUUUUUAUGGGCUAACACAUCCACUUAACAAGUCGUGGCAUGUGCUUGGUUUGGGUUAUAAUCCCAGCGUUGAUCGGUCUGAAAUUGAGAAAGCAGCUGUUAUACACUACAACGGAAAUAUGAAACCAUGGUUAGAAUUGGCAAUGAUGAAGUAUCGGUCAUACUGGACCACGUAUAUCAAUUUUGAUCACCCCUACAUUCGCCGCUGCAACCUAAGUGCUUAAAUGGAUGUUCAAUUGCUUUGGUACAGCCAAAUUCUCUCUCUCAUUGUGUUUGCACUAGUCCAACUGGAUGGUUACUUCAAUUAGUUUAGGACAAGGAGGGGUUUCACCUAUUAUGUUGUUUUACCCUUAUAUCCUUCAUUGUUUAUUCUUCUGUGUAAUGUAAUUCAAAUUCAUUCAUCUUCUUCCCCUACGUUUGGAACUAGGUUAUCUGUUGAUUUUUAACUACUGUCUCCUCAAUUUGGUUGUCGUUUGUCUGAUUUGAAUAGGUUAUAAACCUCAUAAUUUUGAGGAGUGGAAUGUGAUUUGUGUAUUCUUUGAAUGACAGCUCACAUUUUGUAAAGUCUAAUUUGAUUGGGCUUGGAAAUUUUACCUAGUAAGACAUUGGAUUAGCCUUUUAAUAAUGUAAUGUUGGUUGUUCAUUAGACA